AUGGGGGCCUCUGAGAACCCGGAGCUUUGGAGCCCAGGUCACACGCAGAGCACCUCCUUGACCAGUGUGGCGCCACCAUUUGCAUUCGGCCAACAGGCCACGGACAAAGCCCUGAGCGCGGUCCUUAUUGUGGUCCUCUUCGUCAUCAUGGUAUCUCUGGGGUGUACGAUGGAGAUAGCCAAGAUCACAACUCACCUCAGGAAACCCAAAGGCGUGGCAAUUGCUGUAAUGGCUCAGUACGGCGUCAUGCCCUUGACAGCAUUCGUGUUGGGCAAACUCUUCCAGCUGGGCGCUACAGAAUCCCUGGCCAUCCUCGUCUGUGGCUGCUGCCCAGGGGGAAAUCUCUCCAACAUCUUCAGCCUGGCACUGAGAGGGGAUGUGAACCUCAGCAUCGUAAUGACCACAUGCUCAACGGUCCUCGCAAUUGGACUAAUGCCUCUGCUGCUGUACCUUUACUCACAAGGACUAUACGAGGGGGAUUUGGAGGGCAAGGUACCUUACAAAGGAAUCAUCACGUCCCUGGUCCUAAUGCUAAUCCCCUGUGCCACCGGUAUCAUCUUGAAUGAGAAGAAACCACAGUACACUGGCUUUAUCAUCAAGGCAGGGAUGGUUGUACUUCUACUGUCAUCUGCUGCAAUAAUCGUUCUGUCUGUGGCCAGUGUGGGAAACGGUAUCACGGUGGUCUUCUCACCAUCCCUCCUGGGAUCUUCUGCCUUGAUGCCUUUCAUUGGAUUCCUGUUGGGCUAUGUUCUCUCUGCAGUCUUCAAGCUUAAUGACCGGUGCAGGCGGACGGUGUGCGUGGAAACUGGCUGCCAGAACGUACAGCUUUGCUCGACUAUCCUCAAGGUCGCCUUCGCCCCAGAAAUCAUUGGCCCCUUGUACUUCUUCCCACUGCUCUACUUGCUUUUCCAGCUUGGAGAAGGACUUCUCCUCAUCCUGGUCUUUAGGAUCCAUGACAGAAUUAAGAAACCAGACGGCAACUGCGGGAAAACUGACCUGCGCAGCUGUGGACACCGUUACCGCUCAAGAAAUGAAAUCAGCAUCAAGACCCUGCAGGAACAGCGGGAAACCAGCAAUGCAAUGCAGACAGAUUCCGCAGCAGCCACUAUCACAACCCCUCCGAGCUCCACCUUCUGCAGCCGCCUUACAGGUCCCCAGCGGUUCCGUGUGAGACUUUAG